UGUCCGCAGUCUCUGGUCAUCCCCUGUACUAUGUCCUCAGUCUCUGGUCAUCCCCUGUACUAUGUCAGCAGUCUCUGGUCAUCUCCUGUACUGUGUCCGCAGUCUCUGGUCAUCUCCUGUACUGUGUCCGCAGUCUCUGGUCAUCUCCUGUACUUAUGUCCGCAGUCUCUGGUCAUCUCCUGUACUAUGUCCGCAGUCUCUGGUCAUCUCCUGUACUAUGUCUGCAGUCUCUGGUCAUCUCCUGUACUAUGUCCGCAGUCUCUGGUCAUCUCCUGUACCAUGUCUGCAGUC